AAUUUUGCCAAAAUGGAAGAAGCAGAAGAAAAUAAAACAAAACCUUAGUUUAAUCUCAUUCCUCAACCUCAAACUGAUUGGACUCAAAAUUUGCUUUUUCAGUCCUUUCUGCGUGGUUGUUUUUGUUCAGGGUUAAAAAGACACAGUCCGGACACUAUUUGCCAUGAAUCAGGCCGAAGUCUCAAAAUUGGUGUCUCAGUUGAGGAUUCCGGCCCCGUCCAGGCUGAGGAAGUUUCGGAACCCCAGAGGACCUGAAGGUAGACUGGAUUCUUUGAGGAAAACCGUGACUGCUCUUGUAAAGCACGAGCGAAUCGAACUGAAUUUCCCCAGGGCCCAUGAAACCAGAUUAUAUGCUGAGAGGCUGAUAUCAGAUGCCAUUCGAUAUGGGGACUGCCACAAGACUACAAUGGAAAUGGCGGAUUACUGGCUAAUGGAAAAGCAGCUGGUUCAUAAGCUUUUCAAAGUCCUCGUUCCUCGAUAUGAGAACUAUAAUAUUUCAUACACCAGGCUGUUGAAGGCACCGAGACCCUACCCAGGACACGAAAUCGAUAAAGGCGUUUUAGAGCUGAGAGGCAAUCCGUAUCCUUCUUUGCUGCCCGAUACCAGUUCCAAUAAGAAUUUGAUCCACAACGUGUUGCUGGAGGAGGCAAAAAAAGCAUACAGAACGCGCAAAUAUGCUGAAAUUGCUGCCAGGAUCGAUGCUGCAGAGUCAGCAGUUGGACUCAGCAAGCCGGAAGGAGUCGAGGAAGUUGCGGACAAAUGGAAACCUGCCCAGAAAAACGACGAACUGCUGAAUGGCGGUGAUGAAAAUAAAAACGCUUAAGUUAGUUUUUUGUAAUAUAUUGGUUUAAUUCG